UGUCUCCAAAGAGGAGCGCCCACAGUCACUGCACACAGCAGUGAUGGAGUCAUUGAUUUUAGGCAAUUGUUUUUAGAUUAGGGAGCAAACAUGGUUUUUAUCACCUUGAAGCAUAGACAGCUAAUGCUGAUAGAGGACUUGAAAGAACACGUGGCUUAGGAUCUAGAGACUCCAUCUCAUCAGUGCGUUAUGCCAAGGUUUACAAACCAUCUUUCCACUCCACCCAAGAUCAUGGUUAUGGAGCCUAGAAUUCUGCCUAAGGAGCCACCAACACAGGACCAUGGAAGUCCAUGAAUUAUUCCGGUACUUCCGGAUGCCAGAGCUGAUUGACAUCCGGCAGUAUGUGCGCACUCUUCCAACCAACACACUCAUGGGCUUUGGAGCUUUUGCGGCACUUACCACUUUCUGGUAUGCCACAAGACCCAAGGCUCUCAAGCCACCAUGUGACCUUUCCAUGCAGUCUGUGGAAGUAGCGGGUACUGACGGUGCUCGCAGAUCCGCACUCCUCGACAACGACAAGCUCUUGGUGUACAUCUACGACGAUGUCAGAACACUGUACGAUGGCUUCCAGAGGGGCAUGCAGGUGUCAAACAAUGGUCCUUGUUUGGGUUCUAGAAAGCCAGACCAGCCCUACGAAUGGAUUUCCUACAAAGAGGUUGCAGAACUGGCUGAGUACAUCGGCUCCGCACUGAUCCAGAAGGGUUUCAAGGCCUCCCCAGAACAGUUCAUCGGCAUCUUUUCUCAAAACAGACCUGAGUGGGUGAUCAUCGAGCAGGGAUGCUUUGCUUAUUCGAUGGUGGUUGUUCCACUCUAUGAUACCCUUGGAGCCGAAGCCAUCACCUACAUAGUGAACAAAGCUGAACUCGCUGUGAUUUUUGUCGACAAGCCAGAAAAGGCCAAACUCUUGUUAGAAGGUGUAGAGAAUAAGCUAACUCCCUGCCUUAAAAUCAUAGUCAUCAUGGACGCCUAUGGCAGUGAUCUGGUGGAACGAGGCAAGAAGUGUGGGGUGGAAAUCAUCAGCCUGAGGGCUCUGGAGGACCUUGGAAAAGUGAACAGAAAGAAACCCAAGCCUCCAGCACCUGAAGAUCUUGCAAUAAUUUGUUUCACAAGUGGAACUACAGGCAACCCCAAAGGAGCAAUGAUCACUCACCGAAACAUUGUGAGCGAUUGCUCAGCUUUUGUGAAAGCAACAGAGAACUCAUUCAUCGCUUCCCCAGAUGAUACUCUGAUAUCUUUCUUGCCUCUCGCCCAUAUGUUUGAGACCAUUGUAGAGUGCGUGAUGCUGUGUCAUGGAGCUAAGAUAGGAUUCUUCCAAGGGGACAUCAGGCUUCUGAUGGACGACCUCAAGACGCUUCAGCCCACUAUCUUCCCGGUGGUUCCGAGGCUGCUGAACCGGAUGUUCGACAGGAUUUUUGGCCAAGCAAACACUACAGUGAAGCGAUGGCUGCUGGACUUUGCCUCCAAAAGAAAAGAAGCUGAGCUCCGCAGCGGCAUCAUCAGAAACAACAGCCUGUGGGAUAAACUCAUCUUUCACAAGAUACAGUCGAGCCUGGGUGGGAAAGUCCGGCUGAUGAUCACGGGAGCCGCCCCAGUGUCUGCCACAGUACUGACGUUUCUGAGGUCGGCGCUCGGCUGUCAGUUCUAUGAAGGCUAUGGACAGACCGAGUGCACCGCUGGGUGCUGCCUGAGCUUGCCUGGAGACUGGACAGCAGGCCAUGUUGGUGCCCCCAUGCCUUGCAAUUAUGUGAAGCUCGUGGAUGUGGAAGAAAUGAAUUACAUGGCCGCCAAGGGCGAGGGUGAGGUGUGUGUGAAAGGGGCAAAUGUGUUCAAAGGCUACUUGAAGGACCCAGCAAAAACAGCAGAAGCCCUGGAUAAAGAUGGCUGGUUACACACGGGGGACAUUGGGAAAUGGCUGCCAAAUGGCACCUUGAAGAUCAUCGACAGGAAAAAGCACAUAUUUAAACUAGCCCAAGGCGAGUACAUAGCACCAGAAAAGAUUGAAAAUAUCUACCUGCGGAGCGAGGCCCUAGCCCAGGUGUUUGUCCAUGGAGAAAGCUUGCAGGCGUUUCUCAUAGCCGUUGUGGUCCCAGACGCCGAGAACCUGGGUCCCUGGGCCUCCAAGAGAGGCUUUCAAGGCUCCUUCGAGGAACUGUGCAGAAACAAGGAUGUCCAGAAGGCUAUCCUGGAGGACAUGGUGAAACUCGGGAAGGAAGCUGGUCUGAAGCCCUUCGAACAGGUCAAAGGCAUCGCUAUACACACGGAAUUGUUUUCUGUUGACAAUGGCCUUCUGACUCCAACAAUGAAGGCAAAAAGGCCAGAGCUACGGAACUAUUUCAGGUCACAGAUAGAUGAAAUGUAUUCCACCAUCAAGAUUUAACGCGGGGAAGACGACUUGGAAGAAACGGCACACCUCCACAAUCCUCCUUGUACCAAUGGCCUUGGCGUUGGUAACUUUGCCUGCAGCCAGUGUGGGAAGGGAUAUGGCCAUGAUGGACUUGUCCACAGGGUCCUACCAUAGGGAUAGUCAAGGGCACGGAGCACCGCCUUACAGUCACUUGUGUUGCAGCCCAUGAUCCUGGUGAUACACACUUUCCAAAAUGAGCCUUAAAUAUAGUAAAGGGGAACCCAUAAAAGUGCUAAGUUAUUUAAGACUUCCUCAACCAAUAAGGUGGGUGUUGAAACUUCUGUCUCCUGUCUUUCUACCGGAGGGGUUAGGACUUCCCUCUUUCUGAUAUGUCUGCUCUCUGCUGCACAUCCUGCAGCUGUCUGUCUGCUGCUCUGAAGAGUACAGUGCACUGGAGGGACGCUGUCCCUUUAAGAACAAGUGUCCAGGCUGAAGAAAGUCACAGUGGACCACAGAUCUCUCUUUUAAAUCCUCCAGGGCCCCUGCACUUCUCCACCUCAUAUCCAGUACACUCACACAACCUAUCUGAUUUGUAAGGAUUCCAAAUGGCCCCCUGUUGUGCCUGCUGGGACACACGAUGCCCAGUAAAUGAAAGGACGGAUCCUCCUCAGAACAAUGUGGGUGCCCAGUCUAAGAAAAGAAAAAAAAAAAAAAAGAAAAGAAAAAAAAAAAAAUGGAGGCUCUUGAGAGCUAGCAGCUCCCCGCUCACACAGCAGGAUGCUCUUAGACUCUUCUCCAGAUCUGGUCCCCAGCCCCUUCCCAGGGGUUAUGAGAAAUCCUGCCUUAGACUCUGCCAUGAAGAUGGUAUUUCCAAGAACGACCUGGAUCGGCCAUGUUCAACUGUGACGCCUCUGCCACUGUCCACUCGCUCCUCGUGGAACCAGCUCGUGACUGUGACGGCCACUGGGCUCCAAACGUGGUUUUCCUAGCCAAUGAUGAUGUGAUCAACUUGCUUUUUUUUUCCUCCCAAUUAAACUCAGGCAAAGCAUGUCUUCAGAACUACUAAAGGAGUUGAUAAAUAUGGGUACUUAUUAAAAUGGACAGUAGUAAGUAAAUGUAAAACUUCCUGACUUCUAUGAGAUGCAUUUGACAAGCCAAAAUUCUGGGAUGUAGAAAUUGGGGGGAAAUCCUGGGAAUAACUUCUCAUGGGAUUUUUUUUUUCAAAGUUAAUUUGGGGAAUUAGCAGCAUUUUACUUUACUAUGAGUCUUUGCCACAUUUGACCUAGUGAAGCCGUCGUGUGUACAUGGGGAGCCACUGUUAUUGGGCGUGUGAUAGUGUGUGUGUGUGUCACUGAAGCACAGCUGGGUUUGCACUAAAGAAUCGUCAUUGUAACAACACUAUUUGGUAGCCUAACUUCAUACCUGUAUUCUUAAUUGCACACGAAGUCGAUAAUUUUCACAACGGGGUUUUGAAUGUUUGCUUUCCGUGUUGGCUAUUUCUAUGUUUUAUAAACCAAAACAGAAUUUCCAAAAACAAUGAAGGAAACCAAAAUAAAUAUUUCUGCAUUUCGA